AUGUCCGAUAUAGAUUCUGACGAGUUUGACGAGGAACGCAAAAAACUUGGGGAAUAUGAAGGGGACAGAAAUGAGGCUGGAGAAAGGCAUGGAAUGGGGAAAGCGGUUCUGCCGAAAGGAGACGUUUAUCAAGGACGAUAUGAACGUGGCAAAAGACAUGGCAAGGGCACUUACCGAUUUGUGAAUGGGGCGAGAUAUGUCGGAGACUACCACCAGAACAUGAAACAUGGACAAGGCAUCUUCUACUACCCGGAUGGAUCUAAAUAUGAAGGUUCUUGGGCGGAAGACUUGAGACAAGGUCAUGGUGUUUACACAUACUCCAAUGGGGACACGUAUGUUGGAGAGUGGCUCAAUCACAUGAGACAUGGUGAGGGCACCUAUCGUUACCAUGACACCGGCUCAGUGUACACUGGCACCUGGGAGAAUGGCAAGAUUGAGUCUGUCGGAGAGUUCAUCCACGCUAACCAUAGAUACAGCAGUAACUUUGUCAAUAAUAAUCCAUCUGGUCCAGGAAAGUACAUCUUUGACAUUGGCUGCGAGCAGCAUGGUGAAUACCACCAAAUAGAGCAGGACCGUGCAGAAGGCGAGUGGGGGGAGCCAGGUUCCACCACGCUUCUCAAGUGGUUUCCAAAAUGCAUCACUGGUCUGACGUCACAUGAGGCCGAAAGCGAGCAUGAGGGACAGCCCAUGGGCCAAGCUGAGGGUCAGGUCGAGGGCCAGGCCGAGGGCCAGGCAGACGUCGAGGUCAAGCCUCCGGCUGAGCUUCCGCCCGAGGUUCCGCCCGAUACACCUACCGAACCGGCACCCGAAGACGCUAAUCAAUGA